AAAUUUGUGGUCAAGUUUAGUCCUUCUCUGCUGUCUCGGUGUCUCCUUGUAAACAUGGACACCCCCAGAAAUGUGCACCACUACUCGGGUGAAAAUUUUCUUACAGAAAUUUAACUAAAACCAACCUUUGUCGUAUGAACAUUGAACCAAAAAACAUCUUUAAAUGAAAAAUUAAUUUGACCCAAAAAAAAUAUGCGUCAUGGAUUCACUCUUCCUUCAUCACAAUUGAAAUCAACUUCACAAAUCCUAAUUCUCUCUCAUCAUCAUCAUCAUAAAUUCCCAAGAACAUACCUUUAUCCCAUAACUUUUCACCUUCAAACUCAAUUUCUUUCACCUAUUUCUGUACCUUUACUAAGAUGCUGUUAUGGGGGCCAAAUUUUUGAUCUUUUGGUGUUAAGAUCUCACCCAAUAAUACCCAGUUGUAGAAAUUUUAGGAAAAAACAGAAAUUUCAGGUGAGAGCAAGUUCAAGAGAAACCCCAUAUGAAGUUUUGGGUGUUUCUCCAUCUGCAACACCUAAUGAGAUCAAAAGAGCUUACCGAAAACUUGCUCUUAAAUAUCACCCAGAUGUUAAUAAACAGGCAAAUGCUCAAGAGAAAUUUAUGAGAGUAAAGCAUGCAUAUAACACAUUGAUGAACUCUGACUCUCGAAGUAGAUACGAUGCUGGAAAUAGCAAAUCGGACUUUUCGUAUUCAUCUUAUGGAGCAAGUCGGAGCACCCAGGAAGAGGAAGAAUUCUAUGGAUUAGGUGAAUUUAUGAGGGAUGUCCAAAUAACAGUAGGUGAUUUCUUUAGAGAUCUACAGGAAGAAUAUCAAAACUGGGAAGCAAAUGCGUCAUCGGAGGGGACUCCGAAGAGCUUGUGGGAAGAGUUAGCGGAAAUUGGUGAAGAGUUCGUCGAAUUCUUGGAAAAGGAACUUAACAUCACAGAUGAAGGUGUUGAGGCACCUACAGAAGGUUCUUUUGGAAGUUCUAGAGCACAAAGAGGAAAUAGUGAUGAAAAUAGAACUGGUGGAAAGAGCAAUAUUGAAGAAAGUAUUGACGAUAUUGAAGCUACUCUUGCUCAAUUGAAGAAAGAAUUGGGUUUAUAACAUCGAAAAACUAUAUGUUAUCCUGUUGGAAUUUUGUUGUAUUUUUGUAACCAACCCAAGUUAUAAUAUUUCAAUUGGAAAUACUACUAUGUAUUAUGGCGCAGCUUCCUAGCUUAUCCUACAUUUUUUAUUUAUAAA